AUGGCCGCCACCGUCGACGAUGCAAAAAUCCAGCCUCUGUCGGCGUCUUCGACGGCCUAUGAACUCGAUGACAUGGCCGUCUCCAUCAAGCCCCUGCGGCCCAACAGCCGCCAGGCCUCAUCGUCGUCGUCGUCGUCGCAGCGAGCCGUGUCUAGCUACGCGUACGAGCAGUUCCACCGCGGCAAGCAGCUUCGCCACAUGGGACUGCUCAGCCUUUGCCGGUGGCUCCUCACCGUUGCGCUCGCCAUGUCCAUCUACGGCGUCAUCUGGAGCUACUCGGACAAGGAGGCCAUGCCGGCCAGCAAGAAAAAGGAGUUCAACUCGCUCGUCAUUGGCCUGUCCAUCGCCCUCAGCUUGAACCUGGCCAGCUCCCUCAAGGGCGACGUCGGCGAGCUACGGUGGUGGCUAUUGAGCCUGCGCGACUACACCCCACGGGAGGCCGAUUUGAUUUUGCAGAGCGAAAGCCUGAGCCGACUCGUCAUGCUGGGCUGGACGUCGCGCCGCCCGGUCGUACAAGCCUUCGUCUGUCUGUUCGUGGCACUGAACCUGGCCUCGCAAAUUGCGCUCGCCCUGCUCGGCAUCACCUACAACGUCAACCCGGCCGACAAAUUCACAGUCACUGCGCCAGGCAUCGUCUCGAUUCCCGACAUGUCAGACAUCCAGGUGGGACCGGCGCUUGCCAGGAACGCCUCCCGAACCCUCAAUGAAUCCCAGGCCAUUAAUGCUAGACGAUACACUGCCAACACUUUUGGCAUGGUGUCCAUCGCUUUCGGGGACGACGACAUCGCGACCCUGCCCAAACCCGGCAAGAUCUACAACCCCGACGACCCCUUCUUCUUCUGGGACGACGAGAAGGGAUCGUACACCUUCGUCUUCUACGAGUCGUCGCCAGACGGUGCAGUCUACUACUCCAACGUGGCCUCAAACCGCACAAUUUCAGUACAGGCCGAGUGCGACAGCUGGCGCGUACUGAAGGGCGGCGACGGACUCAGUGCCAACAUCACCGUGCAGUAUAGCGACGGAACCAAGGAGGACUGGGAACUGCCGUCUGUCAAUGGCCCGGAUCAAAGCAUCUUUCUCCAUGACCCGGCAAAGCAGUCUUGGGAUAGCUCGGGCCAAGUCGACGUUUUCGAGGCGUCAAAAACAGACCCCUGGGCGUAUAGCUGCAAUAUCACAGUUGAGCCCGUGGUAAAUGCGGUCAUCAAAGAGCAAGAGGUCGGCGUCAACGUGACGCGGUACGCAGCGCCGGCGAUUGCUCUCCAAGGAUAUGGCUCCUCGGUGUAUGGCCUGACCAACGACACCAAGCAAUACCAAUGGCAGAGCUACCCAGCCCAGUCGGUCUUUGGAGCGCCCGUCAACGGUUCUGCCGAGACCAUGGCCAGGACCGUCUCGAGGUACGCGAUUGGCAGCAUCGCCAUCACGACGCAGAGCAACGGGAACAUCAAUGCUCGUGGCAUGGUACCCCAGAAGGGCAUCACCCUCGAGAUUACAAACUGGACAUAUCUGCACCUCAUCCUCGGCCUAACGGUCGGAAUCCAGCUGCUUAUCGCUGUCGUCUCGAUUCUCGUGGCGAACCGGGUGCAGGUGCGGUGUCAUAGCUACCUCUCAAUGGCUGCGCUCUUGCGACCCGCGCUGCAGGGCGUCAGUUGCAGGGGGAGCGCGGCAGACGGGCAGGAAGUUGCCUCCAUGAUGGGCAAGGAUACACGACUUCGAUAUGUCCGGGACCGGGGUGGUGGCUUCCAGGUUCAGUCGAGCGAGCUCUGA